AUGGGAACUGAAUAUGUAGCUGACCUUAAUCACAUGAACACUUUGAGAGAGCUAACCAAAAAGUUGCCAAUGUUCCUCCGAGCAAAAUGGACCGAGUGCGCUGGGAAAAUUAUAGUAUCAGAUCGUAGACCUAAGUUUGGAGAUUUUGUAAAAUUUAUCAAAGAACGAGCCAAGUUGGUGGACAAUGAAUUUGGUCACGACAUGAACUCUGAACCCUCAAAAGAAACAAUUCUCGGAAGGAACCAGGGGAAUCAGAGCAAACCUCCCCUCCGCUCAUCAACGUUCUUGACUGGAACUGGAUCAAUCGGUGGUCGUCAGAAUGAAAACAAGAGAGGGCCAGAUUUCGUAAAGAAUCAAGCUCCUUCUCUGGUUUGUUCUGAACGACAUGAAAUUUGGAAGUGCGAAAGGUUCAAAGGUUUCACAUAUGGAGAGAAAAGGAAAGUUGUGCAACAGGGUGGACUUUGUAACAAAUGUCUUGUAAAGGGACACAUAGCUAAGGAGUGCCCCAAAGUGAAUUUCAAGUGCCAGAAGUCUAGUUGUGGAGAUAACCACCACACCCUAAUGCAUCGUCACACUAUCUAUAGGAACGGAGGAGAAGCUAGUGCUGAUGCCGAACAACAAUCGCGAGCAAGACAAGAAAAUGCUUUGCUUCCUAAUGUUACUGGGGCCGGGAAUGAUAGAGAAGUAACUGUAGCGGCCACUGGGGCCGGACAAAACCGAGUUUGUCUUGGGAUCCUGCCUGUCAAAGUUCAAGAAAAGGCUAGCGACAGGAUGGUCGAGACGUAUGCUCUGCUUGACAAUGGUUCGGAGGUGACACUGUGCCAUGAAAGGCUGGCAAAAGAACUUAAGCUUAAUGGAAAUAGACUUAGUUUCACAUUGACUGGAACGACGGGUUCAGCUCAGGUGGAAGGUUGCCUUGUGGAUUUGGUUGUGAAGUCCUUGGAUGAAUCAGUUACUGUCGAAUUGUUGAAUGUGAAAACAUUCAAUGAUAUGCCAAUUUCUAUAAGUUGUAUAGCGAAGACAGAAGACCUUACUUGGCGGCCUCAUCUUCGAGACAUUGACAUUCCAGUGCUAGAAUAUGGAGAAGUCUUGCUGUUGAUUGGGCUCAAAGAGAAUCCUGGCCUGUUCCUUCCACUUGAAUGUAAAUCUGGUGUCCACGAUGAGCCGAUAGCUAUCCGAUACAGCUUGGGAUGGACAGUGAUGGGUCCAAUGGAGGGUCAGAAAGGAGAUCACGGUUGCUCAGUGAAUUUUGUCCGCACGAAGGAAAGUCAGUGGAGGCAAAGGGGAGUCCACGCCAACACUGAGCCGUUUGAACAUUUGUGUAAUGGAAGUCGCCUUGAUAGUGAAACUGGUUUAAUGGAAAGAAACGCAGAUGUCAUUAAAGAGCAGGAGCAAGCUGUUAGUAGCGUUAAAGGCCCAGAAAACAACGAAGAAGGGCUUCAAAUUCAUGUGAAUGUCCUUCGGCCAAAGGAAAAUGCUAAACACCACACAGAUGAUGAAAUCUUACAUCGCCAACUCGAGCGACUUUGGAAAACAGAUUUUGGUGACUCUUCCGUUGGAAUAGAUACCCUACCAUCCAUUGAGGACAACAAAGCCUUAGACAAGAUGGAACAAUCCCUACAAGGAGUGGGUGACCACUCUCAAGUUGCUCUGCCAUGGCGGGAGAAAUGCUAUCUCCCCAACAAUAAACCAAUGGCGGAACAACGGUUACAGCUUCUGAAGAAACGACUGCUUCAAGAUGGAGAGUUGCUUACGAAGUACCGAAGUACGAUGCAAGAGUACAUACUUAGUGGGCAUGCCCAGAGAGUUCGAAGGGAAGAGUUAGACGUGAGAGAUUGUCCAGUUUGGUACCUUCCGCACCAUCCUGUGACCCAUCCGUUGAAACCAAGAAAAGUGAGAGUGGUCUUUGAUUGUGUUGCAAAGUAUCAUGGAACCUCCGUUAAUCAGCAAUUGUUACAAGGCCCUGACUUGGCUAAUCCUUUAGUAGGAGUAUUGAUCAGAUUUCGCCAAGAAUCUAUCGCCAUAGCAGCCGACAUUGAGGCUAUGUUUCAUCAAGUUUACGUCGAGCCCAAGGACCGGGAUGCGUUGAGAUUCUUAUGGUGGCCCAAUGGAGACUUCAACGAGGAACCGCGAGAGUACUGCAUGGUGAAACAUCUAUUUGGGGCGACCUCUUCUCCAUCUUGUGCAAACUUUUGCCUCAAGAGAACAGCAUCAAUUUAUCAAUCAGAAUUCGACCAUGUGACAGUCCAAGUUGUGAAGAAAAACAAGCCAAGCUAUUACUACAAGAACUUUGUGGGAAGAAGGUGGGAUGGGGCGGUGUCAUUGGUGAACAAGAUAGGGUUCAGUGGUUACGGGCUAGAAGAACUUCCAAAAUUACAAGCAUUCCAAAUCGAACGAUGUUUUAAGCCGAAGGACUUUGGCGAGACAAAGAAAGUUCAGCUGCACAUUUUCUCAGAUGGAUCCCGUGCAGGGUAUGAAGCAGUAGCCUAUCUACGCCUUGUUGACGUUUUCGACAACAUCCAUUGCAGCUUUGUCAUGGGAAAGGCACGGCUGGCCCCCAUCCAUGAAAUCACGAUUCUAAGGUUAGAAUUAUCAGCAGCGGUUAUCUCAGUUAGGCUGUACCAGAUCAUAAGUCAAGAAGUGGAAAUCUUGAUAGAUCGAGUGAAGUACUGGACGGAUUCUACUACCGUAUUGAAAUGCCUUAAAAAUGACACCAAGCGGUUUCACACCUUUGAGUCGAAUCGCCUUACCAAGAUCCGUAGCAUAUCAUCCACCUCAGAUUGGAGAUACGUCAACCGAGAUGAGAAUCCAGCAGACGACGCAUCCAAAGGCUUGAGGCUUGAUGAGAUGAUCAAGAACCAGCGGUGGUUAAGUGGUCCAGCGUUCCUUAGGAAGGAAGAAUCCUGUUGGCCAGCAACCAUUGAGGUGCCCCCCUUGAAAGAUAGCGAUCCUGAAGUAAGAAAGGAAAGCCGAAUCUACACCACUGUUGCUGUACAAGAUUCAAUAGGAGGUUUGAUACAUUACUACUCUUCAUGGUGGAAAUUGAAGAAAGCGUUUGCUUGGAUUUUACGCUACAAGAGGUUUCUCCAGAGCAAAGUUUGCAAGCAGGAAGUAUACGAUGCAUCUCCUCUAAUUAGUUCAGGAAACGUAGUUGGAAAACUAACCGCACUUGAGCUGCAGAAGGCUGAAGAGGGAAUUGUUCGACAGGUCCAGAAAGCUACCUUUCCAAAGGUGUUUGAGGUACUCGGUAACAUCUCGCCUGGCGCAAACAAACGGUUGAUGAAGAAGACACUAAAGAGGGAGGGCGCCUCGAUAUUCCAAUUGAAUCCUAAGUUAAGAAAUGGGUUGCUGGCAGUUGGUGGAAAACUAGAGAGUGCUCCUGUAAAAGGAGAUUUGAAGUAUCCUUACAUUCUACCCAAUGAUAACCAUGUGACAGAACUAAUUAUUCGGCACAACCACGCGAAUGUGGGCCAUAUGGGCCAGGAAUCUGUGCUAUCAUCACUGAGAGAAAGGUUUUGGGUCAUAAAGGGACGCUCUGCAGUACGACGUGUAUUGAGAAAGUGUGUUGAUUGCCAAAAACGAAAGGCACCCACCGGAGAGCAGUUCAUGGCAAAGUUACCUGAAGACAGGAUCACCCCACAUAAACCUCCAUUCACAUAUGUCGGGGUGGAUCUUUUUGGCCCCAUAGAAGUAAAGCAGAAAAGAAGUAGAGUCAAGAGAUAUGGAUGUAUUUUCACGUGCUUGUCAGUCCGUGCCAUACACAUUGAGGUUGCAAAUACUUUGAAUACAGAUUCUAUGAUCAAUGCAUUGAGGAGAUUCAUUUGCCUGAGAGGAUGUCCCGAGGAAAUCAGGAGCGACUGUGGAACGAACUUAACUAAAGCAGACAAGGAGUUGAAAGAAUCGAUUGAAGAAUGGAAUCAGCAAAGGAUCGAUGGAUUCUGUGCUCAAAGAGGAAUUCAGUGGAUCUUCAAUCCACCUGGGGCAAGCCACAUGGGAGGGGCAUGGGAAAGAAUGAUCAGGUCCGUACGUCAAAUCUUGAAGGCCCUAUUGAAGGAACAAGUGGUCUGUGACGAAGUGCUUCACACCGUGCUGACUGAAGCGACUAACAUCCUCAACAGUAGACCCUUGACGCGAAACAGUAAUGAUGUUAUGGAUGAAGAACCGUUGACCCCAAACCAUCUUCUAAACUUGCGACCAUGUUCCAGUUUGCCCCCAGGAAUUUUCGACAAAGAAGAUCUGUACUGUCAACGCCAGUGGAGACAAACGCAAUACUUGUCAAAUCUCUUCUGGAAACGGUGGAUUGGUGAAUACCUCCCGACCCUUCAAGAACGAAAGAAGUGGAAUGAAGCAAAGGAGAAUCUGAAAGUGGGAGAUGUCGUUCUGUUAGCGGACAAAAACUUUCCUAGAGGACAGUGGCCACACGCGCGAAUCAUUGAAGUUUUUCCUAAUGAAGAUUGGCUUGUGCGUUCUGCAAGAGUCAAGACCAGUUUCACCGUCAUGACCCGCGCGAAGCGCCAAAGACAGAGGGAGGUGAAAACGACAGUGACUACCCUCGUACGACCAAUUACGAAGCUGUGUCGUCUUGAAUUGUCAAAUUCCUAGUUAGAAUCAUCCGGUGAUUCUUUGAUCACACCUGUAUGUAGCACCUUGACGUUAUGGAUGUGUCUGUGCAGCGUUACAAAGUUUUAUUUGACGCAGACUCUGAUCUAACCUUACAGACCAACAAUGGCAUGGCAUUUGACAUUUGCAACAUACUUUGAACUGGUGUGGAUCUAUAUGGACGACAAAAUAAUUAGGUGUAUUCACGCCGGCACCUGAUGA